GGGAGUGUCUCCGUUUCUGUUCUCACUCUGUAGAAAGCUUGUGUCUGUCAAGGGCAGCGAGUCCUGAGUGAGAGAAGCAACAGGGGAGGAAACGAAUAGAGAAAAACCAUGGCUGUGAAUAAAUGCAUCAAAUACCUGCUCUUCUUCUUCAACCUUCUUUUCUGGCUGAGUGGUUGCAUCAUCCUGGGCGUGGGCAUCUACCUAAAAGUUAGCAAGGGUGGAAACCAGAUCACCAAUGAAUCUCUUCCUGGCAUUGACCUGAUGAUUGCCAUUGGAGUGAUCAUCAUGGUGCUCGGGUUCCUUGGCUGCUGUGGAGCCAUCAGAGAGAACCGCUGUAUGCUGCUGCUGUUCUUCAUCUUCCUACUUCUCAUCUUCAUCCUCCUGCUGGCGGCAGGCAUCCUGGGAGCCGUUGACGAAUCAAAGGUGAACAACUGGGUGAAAGAACGUCUGAAUGGUUUUACGCCGCUGUCAGCCCAACCACAGGCUGUGAGGGAUGACCUGGAGAAACUGCAGCGUGAGCUGAAGUGUUGUGGUCUUUUGAAUGGACCAUCCGACUGGGAAAAGAUCCCAGACUCCUGUCGCUGCAACAGCACCAUAGCAGACUGCAAAUCAUCCGCAAUCUACCAAGAGCCCUGCGCCACCAAAAUCAUCAGUCUGAUGGAGAAAAACAUGGAGAUAGUGCUGGGGAUUGCCUUCGCUAUCGCCAUCCUGCUAAUUUUUGGCAUGGUUUUCUCCAUGAUUCUCUACUGUCAGAUUGGCAGGAAGGAGGCUGUCGGCACCACGAAUAAUCCCUGAGCCCCCACCCUCACUGCUUUGCAAUGGCCAAUCAGCAGUGCCCAAAUGACCUGAUGCAACAUCAACCUAACUUCAGUGCUACUGUAAUUUAACCUGUGCUCUUAUUGUGAAGGAACAUACUGAUAUUUUGGCUGAAAUUUCAUGUCAUUAAUACACAGACUGUUAUGUACUGUAUGGAUCUCAGCGAUGACAAAAAUAGCCUACAGGUUAAAUAUAUUGAUAUUUUGGACAAAGUUCAGAAGUGCUUAACGUGGAAAAGGUUCAGUGUAUUUCUAAUUUACUGAAUCAAAUGAGUUAAAAACAAGUGGAUAUUCCCCAAUAUCAGAGUGUUCCCUUCACUUUACAGAAAAUCUGUGACCUGUGACUUCAUGGACAUUUUACAGACCACUCAUCAUGUCAAAAUUAUUAUUCAUUAAUCAUUAAUUUUUCCAUUCACAUGAGGCCUCAAAGAACAAAAUGUAGGAAAAUAUAAAUCUUCAUAUUGUCUUGAGCUUAUUAAUGUGGAAGCCCAUUAAUUCCCAAAAAUAAAUCAAUCAAUAAAUAAGAGGUUGCAAAUAUAUAUAUAUAAAUAUGUUAAAUUCCUUUGACAUAACUUUCCAUCUCACAUGAAUGAUUUAUGCAUAAGAACAUAUUCUCACAUAAUUACAUCUCAUAAUUACAAUAUUCUUAAUUUUUUCUUACAAACUCAUAAAUCUAGACUUUUCUUUUAAACCAAAUUUGUAUUAAUAUACAGUAGUUUCUCUAUAUGUUAAUACUGUGUGUGGUUAUCUCAAAUAUGCUUAAUUUGACUUUAUUAAGUACCAAGUCAUAGCUUUGAGAUACAUGCCUUACUCAUUAUGUUCAAUCAUUUUUAUUUUAUUUCUUUAUUUUUGGGGGUAAGAAUGGGCUUCCAAGAUUUAUGUCCAAAUACAUACUGCUAUAACUGUCUGUUGCAAGGUCUGCUGCCAUUCUAAUUUUUGUUUUUAUUAGAAAAUAUUACAAAAUAAUCCUCAGGAAGUUGAAUUGGUGUGCUCGUGCUGUUGUAAAGUAACUUCGUAAACCUUCCAGAAAUACAAGCUGUAAUAACAAUACUGUUACUAUAAAACACUAAGCCUUAAAUCUGACACUGCUGCAUAGAUUCAGUAUCUUACACCACAUUGUUACAGAAUAUUAUUCAUUAACUUCUGAUUGUUUUUAUUUUAAAAAUUAUUUUUAUUUUAAAAGUUUAUAAAUUGUAAUCUUUUGGAGCAAAAGUUGAUUUCUUUGCACUCUGAACCUUGUUGCUGUUUCUUUUUCUGUUUUGUUUUGUUUUUUGGUUGAAUGCAUUUAGGAUGUUUUUGUUUUUGUGUACUUUUAAUCACUUACUACUACUACUUACUAUGGUAUUUUCUAACCUGACAAAAAUCUUUGGAAAUGGUGCAGUAUUGAUCAAGAACAGACUAUCCAGCCACCGUGAACAACUGCUGCAGUGUAAAACAAUGAACCUUGUCCAUGUCAAUGUAUGUCCACUUAAGUGCUUAUUUUCAUUUUAGUUGUUCUUAGUUUAUGUCAUUACCAGACUCCACUGACAAAAACAGUGAUUUUACAGUGAAGAACACGGGCGCUGCUGGACUACCACUGCCUCCAUCUGUUAGUUAGUUUGCAAGAUGAAAAUAUAAUGAUAUAUAUCAGCUGUUUUGUAGUGGCCAGGUACACCAUUCUUGCUCAAUACUGCACAGAUUCUAAAGGUUGUUUUCCCAAUCAAUGAUUUACACCUAAAAACAUAACAUAAGGCCCAGGUUCAAAAAUACUGGAGUUACCCUUUAAGUAUGGAAAAUCAAGUGUAGUAUUAUACUGAAAGUUCUUUACUUGUCUUAAUCGCCAAAGGCCACCAUGGAUAUAAAAACUAUAAUAGAUUAUGAUUGAAAAAGCUUAUGAGUAUCCCAUUGCAAGAAGGGGCUUCCAAAAAAGUAUAAAAGAUACAUAUAAAUGUCAUUUACCUUUCAUUGUUGUCUGUGGACCCCAACGACUCAUCAGCAGGACCUCUGAUGGACUCCAGACCACACUCAGGUCUGUGAUCUGCAUGCUGUGAUGAAAUACAACAGAGGAUGUCGUUUGUUUGCUGUCUUGACAUACUAAACCUGAGGUGUUCCCUGUGUGAGCAUCUGCAGCCUGAUGUUUAUAAUGGUUUUACCUCUGUUCCAGCUGUCUAAAUACAAUAAAUGAUAAUGGGAAGCUC